CCCCGCAGCUGCAGCGGCAGCGUCCCCGCGGCUCUCGCCGUGUUCCUCGGCUUGUUGAGCGUUCUUCACGCGGGGAGCUGUGACGAGCAGGUGCCGCUGAUCCUGUGGACGAGUGAAGGGAUCUCUUCUCCACGUCAGUCCCCUCCCACCGCCGGUCACAUCGUCGGGCAGCAGCAGCUCGCCACCUACCUGGAGAACGCUCUGAAUGUGGGGCCGAGAAACGUCGUGCUGUUCCUACAGGACAAGAUGAGUGUAGAGGACUUCACCAUGUACGGAGGAGCGUUUGGAAACAAGCAGGACAGUGUUUUUCCCAACCUCGAGGGGGCUCUGAUGUCCUCGUCCUCCCCGCUGGUGUUACCUGCCGUGUCCUGGCCGGCCUCUAAUGCAGUGAUCGGCCAGCUCCAGGACCAAUUGGAAACCUCCCCUCUGUACAUGGACCCUGAGACACUGAGUCAGCUGAGACUCAACGCCUCCUCGCCAGCCCUGCUGGUGUUCAGGCUGCCCUAUGGCGUCGGGGCUGAUCUGAUGUCUGCUAAAGAAAUUCUCAGUGGAAACGACGAGGUGAUUGGUCAGGUGUUGAGCAUCAUGAAGACCCAGUCUGUUCCAUACACAGCCAUCUACACGGCCCUGCGACCCUCAAGGGAGGCAGCGUCUCUCUCCAUGGAGGCCGGCGUUGGUGGAGGACGCUCGCUGCUGCAGGCCAGAGGAGGACACAGGGAGAGGGAUAGAGAGAGGGAGAGGCAGCGGAGGAUAAAGGAGAAGGCUGGGAUCUAUGCUCCAGUGGAGUUUAAGGAGGGGGACGACACCUGUAUCCUGCUGUGGGCUAAAGGCCUCUCGGUGAGCAUCCUGCGGAGCGGAAGCUGGGAGGAACACGACCUGACCUCGUCCACCUUCGGAGAGGGAGUCAGCCCAAAACUCCACGGCUCGAGCUGCGACAAAACCAGAGCAAAGUUGGUUCUCAGUUAUGAGAACGUCCUCGGCCACCGCAGCUUUAAACUCAUCUUCGCUAUGAGCCAGCGCCACUACAAGGUGUCCGCACGCCGCUGGUUCACACUGGACGCUGUGGAGCUGGAGUACGACGGGACCAAAGCCACAUUCAACGGCAGCAGAAACGUCUACGCCCCCGCUGAGUACUCAUACCGCUGCGAGUCCGUCACCAGCUUCCGUUGGCCGCUGCUCGUCCCGCGCUCAUCCAAAGAUCCAGCCAAUCAGUGGAGGGUCUCUUUUGAAGACCUCCAGAUUCAGGGCUUUAACGUUACCGGCAGUGAAUUCUCGUACGCCAGCGACUGCGCCGGCUUCUUCUCUCCUGGGAUCUGGAUGGGCCUGAUGACCAGUCUGCUCAUGGUCCUGGUUCUCACCUACGGUCUGCACAUGAUUAUGCAGCUCCACACGAUGGACCGCUUCGAUGACCCCAAGGGCCCGGCCAUCUCCGUCCCCCAAACAGAGUGACGUCCGUCCUCCCUCCUGUCCCCUCUCUCACUGUAAUGCUUCCUCUCCUCCCUUUACAUUCCUCUCCACCUCCAUCUGUAGUUGGGCAUUACACAGCAUUAGUGAAGUUGUCAGAAUAAGAGUUUACUCAUCAUACAUGUUUUAAAAUGUGCGUCCUCAGUUUCCAGGCGGUUGAUGUUCGAGUUUCUCUGAAAGAUAAAAACCUGGAGGAUCGUCUGAGACGCACCUGAAUUCAAAACAUUUUCAGUUUGCUUCAUCUGUUCAAGUGUUUGAACCAGUUCAACGGGAAUCAAGUUAAAAAUCUCUUUUGCUCCUGAAUAUGUUCCGUGUUGAUUCUGGAAACAUCUUCAGAGCCGUGGAACAUUUGUUUAUCCUCCAGAGAAACUUGAACACAUGAGGUUUCAAACCUCCGUGGAUCAAUGUGUCCGACAUGAAAAGGGAAACAACUGUACAUAAAGGGUCAAAAAUAACUUAUAAAAGUGAAAAGUACUAUGAAAUGCUAUUUAUUGACGAGACUACCGUCGUUUGUGUGUGUUUACAAUUGUGUCUGUGAGUAGACGAGUGAACCGUAGGUAUCGAAUGAAGGGAAACAUGAUCCGGGCAGAUGAUCGAUCAAUAACAUCCAUUAGAUUCCAUUAAGUUCAGGUCAAAGGGAGAUUUUGACCAAUAAGAUUAUUUUAUUAUUUAUUGAAGAACGACACAGUCAAACAUUUCCAGGUGUUUGUGAAUAAUCCUCGUGGUUUUCUUACUUUGACUUUUUAUAGUCCAACUCACGACUGCACUGAAAUAUGAUAAAUGUGAACUUGUUAUUUAUUUUGUGUUGAUUUGUGGUGAACAUUAACGAUGUGAUGUUCUGAGUGUGGUCCUGUGUCGUGCUGCUGCUGUGACCCCAAUAAAACGUGUGAAAACAG